CUCCAGGGACGGUGACAGUACCACCGUCCCGCAGCGCCCGCAGCGGCCCUGGAGGAACCGACCCGUGCCCACCCGCCACCGAUGACCUCCAUGAACCCCAUGAAACCCACCCUGCCUCCCGCGCCCCACGGUGAUGGUUCAUUUGCAUACGAGGCUGUUCCUUGGCAACCAAGCACCAAUCAGCCGGCGGGAUCCCUCUCCGUGGUAACCACCGUCUGGGGGGUCAGCAACACCUCCCAGAGCCAGGUUUUUGGAAGCCCCAUGGGACCUGGAGGGAGCAGCUCCAGCACCCCGCUGCUGCCUGGUAUGGCCAGCACCGGCUCAGGCAUGAGCUCGCCACCGUUCCUGCCACAGCAACCCUUCGCUGAGGGGGCUCCUGGGAAGGGCUACGUGCAGCCAGGUGUCUAUGGCCGCAGCACCUACUCUAGUGGGCCAGGUUUUGCCCCCAGCUACGCCGGCAGCCCUGGUGGCCCUAGUGGAAUGGGGCUCCCCUCACACGCCAGCCGGCCUGCUGCUGACUUCACCCAGGCAGCUGCCGCCGCUGCCGUGGCUGCUGCUGCUGCCACAGCCACGGCCACAGCCACAGCGACGGUGGCAGCACUGCAGGAGAAGCAGAGCCAGGAGCUGAGCCAGUUUGGUGCGGUAAGAGCCUGGCGACGGGUGGCAGAGCUGGGAAGCCAGCAGCUGCCCCUGCCCCGCCAUGACCCCCCUCUUUCCAUGCUGCAGAUGGGCACAGGGCAGCCCUUCAGCAGCCAGUUCCUGCCCCAUGCUGGCCCCCGUGGCCCCUCUGCCAUGAGCCCUGCUGGCAUGGCAGGUGUCAUGGCUCCCUCCAGUGUCUCCCCUAUGAGCAUGAGUCCUGUGCGGGCCCCUGGCACCAGCCACCUGUAUGGUGGGCAGCGGGUGCCCCAGCACGCCUACCCCGGUCCCCCCCUAAGCCAGCAGCUCCCCCGCCAGAGCCUGAAGCGUGCGUACUCCAGCGAGGGAUACCCGGCACAGCAGUACCUUCAGGGCGGGCAGUAUGCUGCAGCUGGUGCCCAGUACACUGCCAGUACCCCUCAGCCCUCCGCUCCGUCCCCUUCUUACCCCGGCCACAGGCUGCAGCAAGGCAUGGGCCAGUACCUCUCUGCCUCAGGCAACACUGGACCCUAUUACAAGCCAGCUGAGCAGUUCAACGGGCAGAACACCAGCUUCAGCACCUACAGCCAGGCAGCUGUCAGCGGGGCGGGCCGGGCGCUGCCGGGCUACUCCAGCUCGCCGCUGGCUGGGAACCCCACGCCGCCCAUGACGCCGGGCAGCAGCCUUCCCCCAUACGCCACCUCGGGUCAGGACGUCAAGUCACCGUUCCUGCCGGACAUCAAACCCAGCAUCACCUCCUUGCACCCAUCCCCCCCAGCAGGGCCGGCCCCGGGGGAGGAGCUGCGACUGACCUUCCCGGUGCGGGAUGGGGUGGUUCUGGAGCCCUUCCGCCUGCAGCACAACCUGGCUGUCAGCAACCACGUCUUCCAGCUGCGUGACUCCGUCUACAAGACCCUGAUGAUGAGGCCCGACCUGGAGCUGCAGUUCAAGUGCUACCACCACGAGGACCGGCAGAUGAACACCAACUGGCCGGCCUCUGUGCAGGUCAGUGUCAAUGCCACGCCACUCACCAUCGAGCGUGGUGACAACAAGACCUCCCACAAGCCACUCUAUUUGAAGCAUGUCUGCCAGCCCGGCAGGAACACCAUUCAGAUCACCGUCACUGCCUGCUGCUGUUCCCAUCUCUUUGUCCUGCAGCUGGUGCACCGGCCCUCGGUGCGCUCAGUGCUGCAGGGACUCAUCAAGAAGCGCCUGCUCCCUGCUGAGCACUGCAUCACCAAAAUCAAGCGCAACUUCAAUAGUGGGACCAUCCCAGGGACGCCGGGGCCCAACGGCGAGGAUGGUGUGGAGCAGACGGCUAUCAAGGUGUCCCUCAAGUGUCCCAUCACCUUCCGGAGGAUCCAGCUCCCAGCUAGGGGCCACGACUGCCGGCAUAUACAGUGCUUCGAUCUUGAGUCCUACCUGCAGCUCAACUGUGAGAGGGGGACGUGGCGGUGCCCUGUCUGCAAUAAGACAGCCCUGCUGGAGGGACUGGAGGUGGACCAGUACAUGCUGGGCAUCUUGAUCUACAUCCAGAACUCGGAGCACGAGGAGAUCACCAUAGACCCGACCUGCAGCUGGAAACCCGUCCCAGUCAAACCUGACCUCCAUGUCAAGGAGGAGCCAGAGGGGCCAGUGCUGAAGCGUUGCCGGACCCUCAGUCCCACACACAUGGUGCUGCCCAACAUCAUGGAGAUGAUCGCAGCCCUGGGGCCCAGCUCGGUGCCAUUCCCAGCGCUGCCACCACCCCCAGUGGCUGCUCCCUCCGACUACGGCUCUGCGGGUUCCAGCUUUCCAGCCCCUGGGGGCUUCCCCGAGCCAUUCCCCACCCCUGGAGCUCCCGGGUCAACUACGCUAAGCGACUUUGCACCAGGUCCCCCCCCCAUCUCCUACCAGUCUGACAUCCCCGGCAGCCUCCUGGCCCCCGAGAAGCCCCCACUCCCCGCACAGCUGCCACCGCCAGGGCGGAUGGAGCCAUCCCACCCCUCGGUGCAGCCAGGACUGCACAACCCCCCUCCGGCACAGCCUCUGCACCACCGGAGCGCGUCCACACGGCCCCCUCUGGGUCCCUCUGGCCCAGCCCAUGCUGCUGAACUCCCCUUCCCUGGCACUACAGGCGAUGGGCCAGAACCCACCCUCGAUCUCCUGCCCGAGCUGACAAACCCCGACGAGCUCCUCUCCUACCUGGGCCCCCCUGACCUCCCUAGCAGCAGCAACGAUGACCUCCUCUCCCUCUUUGAGAGCAACUGAGCCACCCUCGCCUCCCCACCACCCCCCGCCGUGGGGCUGGAGGGGGCAGUGUGGGCAUACCUCUGCCCACCACAGAGCUGGAACCCCCCCUCAAACAAGGGGCCUUCCCCAGAGGGGAAGCCAUGGGACAGACAGGUGGACGGGCUCAGCUCUGCCCCCCUAGAAGCACAAGGCUGUACAUACUGUAGAAACACUACUGCUCUCCAUGCCCCCCUCCCCCCCCCCUCCCCCGUAUUUAAAGGCAAGUACGUUGCUGUGGGGCUGGCCCGCACCCGUGUCCAUGCGUACACACUGCUGCUUCCCCGUGACACACACACCCAGCUGGGGAGUGUGGAGCUCAGCCCCUCAAUGCCCCAUGCUGCUCCUCCCAUCCCCCCCAGCUCCCUGUGCUAUCUCCUUUUCCCUGGCUAUUAAAGGAUUUCAUUUCA